AUUUUAAAAUUAGGGUUUUAUCAAUCUAUCUUCAUCCCCCCCCUUUGUUCGUUCCCUUGACUUUGGAAGCGGGUUCUCAUGAAGAAGAAGCUCCAGACACGUUUUCCAGCGACAAGGAUUAAGAAGAUUAUGCAAACUGAUGAGGAAGUUGGCAAAAUAGCAAUGGCUGUUCCUCUUCUUGUUUCUAAAGCUCUGGAGCUGUUUUUACAAGACUUGUGUAAUCACACAUAUGAUAUAACUCUCAGCCGUGGGGCGAAAACUGUCAGCUCCUUUCACUUGAAACAGUGUGUGCACUCGUUUAAUAUCUUUGAUUUUCUAAGAGAGACUGUUAAUAAAGUUCCUGAUUUGGGUGGCUCAGAUGCAGAAGACCAAUCUGCUACCAAAAGAAGGAAACUCGUCGAGGACAGUAAUUGCAACGAUGAAGAUUUUAAGAGCACUCAAAUGCAUGAGGUAAAACAUUCUGGUAGUGGCAGAGGAAGGCGGGGUAGAGGCCGUGGACGAGGUGGUGGAAGAACAGGAAAUGGUCUCUCUCUGAAGUUUGAAGAAGAUUUAGAAGAUGGUUCUCCCGAAAGCAGCAGGAGCCCGUCUCCUGAAAAUAGAAGCCAUGAGUAUACAUCUUGGAAGAAAGUUGCAUCACACAACAAUCCUAGUAACGUAAGGAACUUCGAUCUGAAUGUGGAUUUAGAUGAAAAUGGAGACACGGCUACAUGGCUGGAAAGGCGGCUAGAGGGAAGUCCGGAUUGGCCGUUGUUGGGAAUGAACGAUAUGAAACUAGAUCCUGAUCAACAACAACAACAGGCUAGUGCUAGUGAUGAGGAAGAUUAUGAUGAAGAAAGCAUAGACCAAGACUGAAGAAGUUUGGGGUUUGGUUUCAGUUUAGGUGAAAUGACUACAAAGCUAAGAUAGGAGGGAAGGAAACAACUUAGGAACUGACACAUUUAUAAUUACAUAUAUAGAAGCAGUGUGUAUGUAGGAGGAUUGCUCACAUUUCUCUUUUAUAUAAUUUCUUCAUUGUCAUUCAUCUUUUCCAAUUUCUUAAUGGCAACUUAAUCAGAAUGAUUUACCUGUUUCUGGUAGUAAGAGAUUUGAAUGAAGUACACU